GGGCAAACAUGGCGGCUCCCGAGUUAGGACAGGCUUCGAUUUCAGGCAGUGCAUCGCCGGAGGGCGAGGAGGAGACGAUUCUGUAUGAUUUGUUAGUUAAUACCGAGUGGCCACCGGAAACAGAAGUACAGCCUAGAGGCAGCCGAAAACAUGGUGCAUCCUUUAUCAUCACAAAAGCAAUUAGAGAUCGUUUAUUAUUUUUACGCCAAUACAUCUGGUACAGCCCUGUACCUUUUUUGCUCCCUGAUGGAUUGGUUCGCUUGGUUAAUAAACAGAUAAACUGGCAUUUGGCACUUGCAAGCAACGGAAAACUUUUGGCUGCUGUCCAAGAUCAGUGUGUGGAAAUCAGAUCUGCAAAAGAUGAUUUUACAUCUAUUAUUGGGAAAUGCCAAGUGCCCAAAGACCCAAAACCUCAGUGGAGACGGGUAGCAUGGAGUUAUGAUUGUACUCUGCUGGCCUACGCUGAAAGCACAGGAACUGUGAGGGUGUUUGAUCUUAUGGGAAGUGAACUCUUUGUCAUUUCCCCUGCAUCUAGUUUUGCAGGUGAUUUGAGCUAUGCCAUUGCUGGUUUGAUAUUUUUAGAAUAUAAAGCAAGUGCACAGUGGUCUGCAGAACUAUUGGUCAUCAAUUACCGAGGAGAACUUAGAAGUUACCUUGUAAGUGUUGGAACAAAUCAGAGCUACCAAGAAAGUCACAGUUUCAGCUUUAAUAGUUAUUAUCCUCAUGGAAUCAACACAGCUAUUUAUCAUCCUGGUCACAGGCUUUUAUUGGUUGGAGGAUGUGAAACUGCUGAAGUGGGCAUAUCAAAAGCUUCAAGCUGUGGCCUUUCUGCCUGGAGAGUUCUUUCAGGAUCACCUUAUUACAAACAAGUUACUAAUGGUGGAGACAGAGUCACUACAGUACCAAAGACACUGGGAUUAUUAAGGAUGUUAAGUAUGAAGUUUUACAAUCGCCAAGGACAGGAACAGGAUGGGAUCUUUAAGAUGAGCCUUUCUCCAGAUGGGACUCUCCUUGCAGCCAUUCACUUCUCAGGCAAAUUAAGCAUCUGGGCUAUUCCAUCUUUGAAGCAACAAGGGGAAUGGAAUCAAAAUGAACAGCCAGGGUAUGAUGACCUUAAUCCUGACUGGAGGCUCUUUGCUGAGAAGAGGAAAAAAAUAAAAGAUAAAGAGUCAUUUUACCCACUGAUAGAUGUAAAUUGGUGGGCAGACAGUGCAGUUACUUUGGCUCGCUGUUCUGGUGCUUUGACUGUGUCAUCUGUGAAAACUUUGAAGAAUUUAUUAGGAAGAUCCUGUGAAUGGUUUGAACCAUCACCUCAAGUCACUGCUACCCAUGAUGGAGGAUUUUUAACUUUGGAGUGUGAGAUUAAACUUGCCCCCAAAAGAUCUCGUUUGGAGACCAGGUCUGGAGAAGAUGAUGAAGGAGAAGAGGAUUCUGAUUCUGAUCAUGAGAUAUCUGCCAAGGCUCGCUACUUUGGUUAUAUAAAACAAGGCCUUUAUUUAGUGACUGAAAUGGAGCGAUUUGCACCACCACGGAAACGCCCACGAGCCAUUACUAAAAACUACCGCCUUGUGAGUUUGAGGUCUACAACUCCAGAGGAACUUUAUCAGAGAAAGAUUGAAAGUGAAGAAUAUGAGGAAGCCUUGUCUCUGGCUUAUACCUAUGGCCUGGAUACUGAUCUAGUAUAUCAGAGGCAGUGGAGGAAGUCAGCAGUCAACAUUGCUUCAAUUCAGAAUUACUUGAGUAAAAUAAAGAAACGGUCAUGGGUUCUUCAUGAGUGUUUGGAAAGAGUUCCUGAAAAUGUGGAUGCUGUGAAAGAACUACUUCAGUAUGGAUUAAAAGGCACCGACCUGGAGGCUCUUGUAGGAAUAGGGAAAGGAGUAGAUGAUGGCAGAUUUACAUUACCUGGUGAAGUAGACAUUGACAGCAUCUCCUAUGAGGAGCUUUCACCUGAUGAAGAAGAGCCUGCCAAGAGCAAAAAGGAAAAGGAGCUCAUGAAGAGACAUGAACUACUUAAAUUAGUGGACUUUUCAAAGUUAACACUGGAACAAAAGGAACUUUGCCGUUGUAGACUGAAAUUAUUAACCUACUUAGAUCGACUUGCAACCUACGAGGAAAUCCUCGGAGUGCCUCAUGCUUCUGAACAGAGAUAUGAUUCUGAAUUCUUUAAGAAAUUCAGAAAUCAGAACAUUGUCCUCUCAGCAAGAACUUAUGCUCGGGAAAGUAAUGUACAAGCCUUAGAAAUUCUCUUUACUUACCAUGGCUCAGACCUGCUUCCUCAUCGCCUUGCGAUUCUCUCCAAUUUUCCAGAAACUACUUCUCCACAUGAGUAUUCUGUAUUGCUGCCUGAAGCUUGUUUCUGUGAUGAUGCUUUGAUGAUCAUUCCUUGGCAUGAACACAAACACCGGGAUAAAGAUUGGUGCGAGGAGUCUGAAUGCAAAAUGGUUGUUGAGCCAAAUCUCCAAGGUGAAAAUGAAUUCUUGUAUGCUGCACAGCCUGAGUUACUCAAAUAUAAGACGACUCAGCUCACAGUAGAGAACGUGACAGAAUGGUAUCAAACCCGAGCAGAGGAAAUUGAGCAUUAUGCCCAACAGGUUGACUGUUCACUGUCGCUUAUUCGACUUGGAAUGGAACGGAGUAUUCCUGGUUUGCUGGUCCUGUGUGAUAAUUUGGUUACUCUGGAAACAUUGGUUUAUGAAGCUGGGUGUGACCUAACCCUGACCUUGAAAGAACUCCAACAGAUGAAAGACAUUGAAAAACUGAGAUUACUGAUGAAUAGUUGUUCUGAAGAUAAAUAUGUGACAAGUGCCUAUCAAUGGCUGGUUCCUUUUCUUCAUCGUUGUGAGAAGCAGUCUCCUGGUGUGGCUAAUGAGCUGCUUAAAGAAUAUUUGGUAACUUUAGCUAAAGGGGACUUAAAAUUUCCAUUGAAGAUAUUUCAGCAUUCCAAACCAGAUCUCCAGCAAAAAAUAAUACCUGAUCAGGACCAGUUGAUGGCAAUAGCAUUGGAGUGCAUCUAUAACUGUGAACGAAAUGACCAACUCUCUCUUUGCUAUGACAUAUUAGAAUGUCUGCCACAAAGAGGAUAUGGUCACAAGACAAAGGUGACUACAGCUCUUCAUGAUAUGGUAGACCAGCUGGAACAAAUUCUAAGUGUAGCAGAGCUUUUGGAGAAACAUGGACUUGAAAAACCAAUUUCAUUUGUUAAGAACACUCAGUCUAGCUCAGAAGAGGCACGCAAGCUUAUGGUUAGAUUGACUAGGCAUGCUGGUCGGAAGCAGCCUCCUGUCAGUGAAUCUUACUGGAGAACGUUGCUGCAAGACAUGUUAGCUAUGCAGCAGAGUGUUUACACAUGUCUAGAUUCUGAUGCUUGCUAUGAGAUAUUUACCGAAAGCCUUCUGUGCUCCAGUCACCUUGAAAAUAUCCACCUGGCUGGUCAGAUGAUGCAUUGCACUGCUAGCUCGAUAAACCCACCAGCUAGUAUAGCCCAUAAAGGGAAAACCCAGUACAGGGUCAGUUAUGAAAAAAGUAUUGACUUGGUUUUGGCUGCCAGCAAAGAGUACUUCAAUUCUUCUACCAACCUCACUGAUAGCUGCAUGGAUUUGGCCAGGUGCUGCUUACAACUGAUAACAGAUAGACCUACAGCCAUUCAAGAGGAGCUAGAUCUUAUCCAAGCACUUGGAUGUCUGGAAGAAUUCGGGGUAAAGAUCCUGCCUUUGCAAGUACGAUUGUUCUCUGAUCGGAUUGGCCUCAUCAAAGAGUGUAUUUCUCAGUCCCCCACAUGCUACAAACAAUCAGCCAAACUUCUGGGCCUUGCUGAGUUGCUAAGGGUUGCUGGUGACAACUCAGAAGAAAGAAGAGGACGGAUUCUAAUUCUUUUAGUAGAGCAAGCGCUUCAUUUCCAUGACUACAAAGCAGCCACUAUGCAUUGUCAGGAGCUGAUGGCUACAGGUUUUUCUAAAAGUUGGGGUGUUUGUAGCCAGUUAGGACAAUCAGAAGGCUACCAGGAUGUGGCCACUCGUCGGGAGCUCAUGGCUUUUGCUUUGACACAUUGCCCUCCUACCAGCAUUGAACAUCUUUUGGCAGCCAGCAUUUCUCUGCAGACAGAAAUUCUUUAUCAAAGAUUGAAUUUCCAGAUCCAUGCAGAAGGAGAGAAAAAUAUCAAUAUUUCACCUUUAAUUAGUAAAGCACUACAAGAGGAUGAAGUAAGUGUUCCAGGAAGCAAUUCAGCUGACUUACUGCAUUGGACCACUGCCACUACCAUGAAAGUUCUUUCCAAUACCACAACUACAACCAAGGCUGUUCUGCAAGCUGUCAGUGAUGGACAGUGGUGGAAGAAGUCUUUAACUUACCUUCGACCCCUUCAGGGGCAAGAAUUUGGUGGUACUCAUCAUAUUGGAAAUAUAGCCAAUGAAAAUCUAGAAAAACAAGGGUGUCAUCCAUUUUAUGAGUCUGUUCUCUCCAAUCCUUUUGUCACUGAGUCUGAAGGAACCUAUAAUACUUAUCAGCACAUCCCAAUAGAAAGCUUUGCAGAAGUAUUGCUGAGAACUGGAAAACUGGCAGAGACAAAAACUGAAGGAGAAGAAGUAUUUCCAACAACAGAAGUUCUCUUACAACUAGCCAGCGAUGCUUUACCAAAUGAUAUGACCUUGGCUCUUGCUUAUCUCCUUGCUUUACCACAGGUGUUAGAUGCUAACAAGUGCUUUGAGAAGCAGUCCCACUCUGCUUUAUGUCUCCAGCUGGCUGCAUAUUACUAUAGCCUACAGAUUUAUGCCCGUUUGGCUCCAUGUUUCAGAGACAAAUGCCAUCCUCUUUACAGGGCUGAUCCCAAAGAGCUAAUCAAGAUGUGCUUACUUCACUUACAUGUCAGAAGAACACUGGAGGAAAAUGUCUACAGCAUUGCUCUUUCUCUGGCACAGCGUUACAGUGUGUCCCGUUGGGAAGUUUUUAUGACCCAUUUAGAGUUCUUGUUUACUGACAAUACUUUUGUGAAUCAGAUAGCCAACAUAGAUAACAGGUUUACAUGUGGUUUACUGCUAUCUGUGGAAGCACGUACAGAGAUGACUAGAAAAGCUAUUAAAACAGUCAAGCAUUUUAUUGAGAAGCCAAGGAAAAGAAAUUCAGAAGGAGACAUUCAAGAACCUGGUGAUUCUAAAGUAACCUAUGCAGAUACUUUGACUCAUCUGGAGAGAUCACUUGCCCACCUGGAAACUCUCAGCCAUAGCUUCAUUGUAUCUCUGAAAAAUAGUGAGCAGGAAAUGUUGCAGAAAUACAGUAACCUCUAUGAUCUGUCACGAUCAGAAAAAGGGAAGCUUCAUGAUCAAGUUGUGGCCAUGUGUUUAGAUGGUCAGCCUCUAAGAAUGAUCCAGCAGCUGCUAGAGGUGGCUGUUGGCCCUCUUGACAUUUCUCCCAAGGAUGUAGUACAAAGUGCAAUAAUGAAAAUAAUUUCUGCAUUAAGUGAAGGCAGUGUUGACCUUGGUGGGCCACAGGACCCACUCCAAGUCCUGGAAGGUGUUGUUGCAGCAGUCCGUGCCAGUGUGGAAAAGGGAGAAGAGUUGGUUUCUUCUGAGGAGCUGCUAGAAUGGCUGAGGCCUUUCUGUGCAGAUGACACCUUGCCCGUGAGGCCUCGCAUCCAUGUGCUGCAGAUUGUGGAGCAGUCUUUUCAUCUGACUGAGGAGGAUGGCAAGCUUCUUGUGUUCUUUAGAACAGAGGCCAUUCUCAAAGCUGCUUGGCCCCAGAGACAGGUGGACGUCACUGACAUUGAAAAUGAAGAGAACCGCUACUCUCUCUUUCUGGAGCUACUAGAAUCCAGUUACCAUGAAGUUGACUUUCAGCACUUGGUUUUACUCUUGCAAGCUUGGCCACCUGUGAAGAGUGAAUAUGUCCUAAGCAGUAAUCCAUGGAUGAGACUAGUAACAGUGAUGUUAACCAGAUGUACAGUGGAGAACAAGGAAAGAUUGGGAAAUGAAGCUUUGAAAAUCUGUCGGUCUUUAUACAAUACCAUGCAGAUGCUCCCUGCAGAGUGUGUCAAGGAGCUGUGCUUGCUGCUACUUAACCAGUCCCUCCUGCUCCCAUCCCUGAAACUGCUCCUUGAAAGCCAAGAUGAGAAUCUUCAUGCUCUGGCACUGGAGCAUAUCACAGCUGUUGCUAAGGUGGAUAAUUCAAAUUGUGACCAAGAACUUCUUUCCCUGCUCCUGGAUGCCAACCUGUUGGUGAAGUGUAUCUCCACUCCCUUUUAUCCCCAUAUCAUUAACCACCUCUUGGCCAGCCUGCAGCAAGGACGUUGGGAUGCAGAGGAGCUGGCCAGACACCUGUGGGAGGCCGGCCAUGAAGCUGAAGCUGGGUCACUCCUUCUGGCCAUAAGAGGGACUCAUCGGGCUUUGAGAACUUUCAGCACAGCCCUCAGCACAGGACAGCACUGGAUGUGA